AUGGCUUUCAGCAUGAAGUUUGUCCGCUUUUACAGCUCUACUAGGCAAAACUUGAAGAUCAACAAGAAUACCAAGGUAAAACUUUAUUUUUGGCUAAAGUUUAGGCAUUUUUUUCAUGAAAACUUUGUGGAUUUUGGUAAGCUUUAGUCGUUUGUUUAUUUGUGAUACUUUGAACAUUUGGCUUUUAGGUAAUUGUUCAAGGAUUCACUGGUAAACAAGGAACUUUCCAUGGCCAGCAAAUGAUUGACUAUGGAACCAACGUGGUUGGUGGAGUUUCUCCAUCUAAAGCUGGUUCAACCCACUUGGGAAAGCCUGUGUUUGGGUCUGUAAAGGUGAGUUGUUGUCUUACGUUUUAUUUUUUAAUGUUUAGUUAAACCGAGAGAGCUGAAGACACUGUUUAAGUUUUAAAAAAUUCAAGGUAACAUCAAUAACCGUUGAGAAAUUAUGACGGAACUACGUUUUUUGAUCACAGAAUCGUACUGCUGAGUCGAAAAAAAUUUUUGUUGAGGCUUUACAUGUUAUAAAUGCUGUUAGUAGGCAAUGUAAAUAAAACGAUAUCAAUUUAGGAAGCUCGUGAAAAGACUGGAGCUGAUGCCACUGUUAUCUACGUCCCAGCGCCUUUCGCUGCUGCUGCUGUUGAAGAAGCUUUGGAUGCUGAAAUUCCUUUGGCCGUUUGCAUUACCGAAGGCAUUCCACAACUGGUAAGUUUCCUUUUUUGGCUGUGUUAUAGCAAUUUUGUUCAAAACUCUUAUUUUACAGUUUUAAAUCGAAAAAAAACGCUUUUUUUACUCAAAAAGUUAGAUUUUAACUAGAUUAAAUUUUAAAAUGUUUCAUAUUACAAUUUUUCACAUGUUUUUCGUUGUGUUACUAUAUGUUUUUAUUGUUUAGGACAUGCUGAAAGUCAAGAAGCGCUUGUUGGAACAAAACCACACUCGUCUUUUGGGUCCAAACUGUCCUGGAAUCAUUAUGCCAGAGCAAUGUAAGAUUGGUAUCAUGCCUGGACAUAUCCAUCAAGCUGGCAUGAUUGGUAUUGUCUCAAGAUCUGGAACUUUGACUUAUGAGGUAAGAUUUUAACUAUCUUUGGUAUAUUUAGAUAGAAUUUAAUUAGCAAGUGGAAGGUUGACCUGCCUGGUAUAAGUUAAAACAUAGUUAUGCUUCUCAGGCUUAUUUUAAUUAUAUUUGAUUUACUUUUAUGUUGUAGGCCGUUCACCAAACUACAACUGUAGGCCUUGGGCAAACUUUGUGCGUUGGAAUCGGCGGAGAUCCAUUCAAUGGCACUAACUUUAUUGACUGUUUGGACGUAAGUUUAAUUUAGUUUUACUAUUAGUUAGCGUAAAAAUAAAACUAUGUAUCUAACAAUGUAAGCGCUUUAUGACCUAUGCUACUAUAAUUUGUUACUAUAUUAUUGUUUUAUUACCAAAACUUUAAUUUGGGUUUUUAAGGCAACAGAUUUUUAUUAAGACGUGUAUUUACUAGGCAGUCUAUAAAAUAAUAAUUAGUAAUCCGUUUAUGGAUGUACGUCAAUUUUACGUGGGAGCUAAUUGCGUAGCCUUUUGUAAUAUAAUUUUAAGCUGAUUAACGUAUUUUGAGAUUUAAAGUGUAAACAAAACGAUUUCUAAUUGGAACGUGGGCUUGUAUGGCUGCACCGUUUAUUCUUAUAUAAUAGUAUUGAAACUUGAAAACAAUUUUAAAAAAUAGUACAAAGAAUGAAUUGAUAAGUGUUAAAAUGGAUUUAAUAUAAAUUGCAUACCAAAAACCAAUUUCUUAAAAUCCAUUUUACCUAUAAAAAUUUUAGAUCUUCCUCCAAGACCCAGACACCAAGGGUAUUAUCAUGAUCGGCGAGAUUGGAGGCCAGGACGAAGAACAAGCUGCCGAGUUCCUCAAGAAGAACAACGUAGGAAACGACGCUAAACCAGUUGUCUCCUUCAUCGCUGGUAUCACCGCACCUCCAGGUCGUCGUAUGGGACAUGCUGGAGCCAUUAUUGCCGGAGGCAAAGGUGGAGCUCGCGAGAAACAAGCUGCUUUAAGAGAUGCCGGAGUUCAUGUCGUCGAUUCCCCAGCUCAGAUGGGCUCUCAAAUGGCAUCAGCUCUUCUCGGUCUUCACCGUAAGACUUCAACGGCUUAA